CAAAAUUCCGUGAAGCUCCUCCUCCUCCUCCUCCUCCUCCUCCUCCUACUCUGCUGGCCAACAGAUACAUCAUUCACCAGAGACUCGGUAAAGGAAGUUUCGGCACUGUUUAUCUCAUUGAAGACACAAAAACCUCCACAGACAAACUACGCUGGGACCAGAGCUCCGAGACUACACAGGGAAAAUGCUGCAGAGGAACACGAGGCCCGGUUCCCGAUUCCCAGAGCCGGGUCUCAUCUGAGGAGAAAAACUAGCUCAAAUCAGACUGGCUUAAUUCCAGCAUGGUGACCGCAGCGGGGUGAAGACGGAGGACAGAGACGUGUGAAUAGAUCUGGACCAGACGGAUCUCAGUAAAUACAUAUAACACUUUACUGAACACAGGAAGACGAUGACUGCUGUAUGAUUCACUAACAGGAAGUGAAUAAGUUUAUAAUCUCGGUUAAUAUAACAGUCAGCAAUAUGGCUUUUAAAGAAUUUUAAGAAUUUCUAUCUAUCUAUCUAUCUAUCUGUCUGUCUGUCUGUCUGUCUGUCUGUCUGUCUGUCUAUCUAUCUAUCUAUCUAUCUAUGUCUGUAUGUCUGUCUAUCUAUCUAUCUAUCUGUCUAUAAAAUGGUAAUGAUUUCAGCUGAGACAAAAAUAAAUAACCCACAAAGUGUAAAAGAUUAUAAACAUAAAACAAGGCACUUAUUUAAAAAACAACAAACAAAAAAGAACAAACAUUAUACAUUUAAAACAUAAAUAAUAUAAACGAAAAAUAAUUCUUUCAUGUGUCUGAAUCCUGUGAAGUUAGUUUCAGCUUCGUAAGUUUAGCUUCAGUGUCCAGGGAUUUUGUGUAAAUAAUGAUUUAAAAUUCCCAAGAAAAAUCUAGAAGCUAAACUUUAAAAACAGAUAUUUUUCUCUCACUAUGUUAGCUAACCUAGCCUGCUAGGAUAUAUUCCUCCAGCUAGGUUAGCUUUCUGUUCAGAUUCACUUUAACUCAGGAGUGAAACUAAGAAAGAAACCCACUUUAGCCGCUGCAUGCUAGCUUAGCCAGACUUCAAGAGACAUGAAAAAAGUUUAUAAACUCUGGCACAAAAGCACAAUGAAUGCCCUGCCCCUUUUCUCUGACCUUAAUUUUUGUAACUUGAAUGCCCCACCCUUUUUCCUGACCUUAAUCUUUGUAACUUGAAUGCCCCGCCCCUUUUCCCUGACCUUAACCUUUGUAACUUGAAUGCCCCGCCCCUUUUCUCUGACCUUAAUCUUUGUAACUAAUAAAAGUUUAUUAAUGAAGUUACGUUUCAUAUCAUUUAGUGAUGUAACUUUGAAACUAAUAAAGCGGCGCUUUAACACGUCAAACCUCCAGCACCUACAAGCAUCUUCCGUUAAUUUCACUCUCUUAAAUCAUUAAUAUUCCUGUAGAGAUUAAUUCAUUGUAAAAUUCUUCUUAAUUCCAUUUUAUGAAAUGAAGCGGUAAAUGUCAGGCUCUUAAAGGUCAGGCUGGAGCGUCUCGUCGUCUCAGAGUCUCAGCACACAGACACAGAGGAAGUGUGAACAGGGCUGCAGUGUGUAAGAGACUUCAGGAAACACUUAUCUUUAACCUUUAGAUUGUCUUCAGGUCAAAUUGUCCAUUUAAAUUUUUACUGAGCCGUGGAGUUAGUGGUUAGAGAAGUCUCCAGAGAUGAUAAGGAAUUUCAGUGUGCUGGAAUUUCAGUAUUUCAGUGUGUGCUGUGUAGGAAAGUUCUGAAGGAGAUCCCGCUUGGUGAUUUGAAGCCGGAUGAGACGGUGAAGGCCACACAGGAAGCUCAGCUCCUCUCACAGCUCCAUCAUCCAGCCAUCCUCAGGUUCUACACCAGCUUCCUGGAGAGAGACAUGUUCUGCAUUGUCACUGAGUUCUGUGAGGACGGGGAUUUGGAGUGUACGCUGGAGCGAUUGCGAGUCUCAGGAGAAGCUCUGUGUGAGUCUCAGGUCAGUGAGUGGCUCGUCCAGCUGCUGCUGGGACUGGACUACAUGCACCAGAGACGGAUUCUACACCGAGAUCUGAAAACCAAGAACAUCUUCCUGAAGAGGAACAUGGUGAAGAUCGGUGACUUUGGCGUGUCCUGUCUGCUGAUGGGGUCAUGUGACCUCGCCACUACCUUCACGGGAACGCCGUACUACAUGAGUCCAGAGGCUCUCGGUCACCAAGGUUACGACUCCAAAUCAGACGUGUGGUCUUUAGGCUGUAUCCUGUAUGAAAUGUGUUGUUUGAAACAUGCCUUUGAGGGACACAAUUUCCUGUCUGUGGUGCAGAAGAUCAUGGAGAGUUCUACACCGUCCCUACCGGAGAAAUACUCACCAGAGCUCAACUCCUUAAUGCAGAGGAUGUUGGAGAGAUCUCCGUCUCUGAGGGUCUCUGCAGCUGAAGCUCUGAGCAGUGAUGUUAUUAAGGAGCUCGCUCAGCGUGUGAAGCAGCAGCAGCUCUCGGAGGAGACGGCGGGGGACGACAGAGACGCGUCUCACAUCGCUAGCGUGCUGCAGAAGAAAGUGCACCUGCAGACGCUGAGGGAAAGGUCAGAGGUCGAGAAGAUGAGUCCAAGAGAGCGGAUGAGGCUGAGGAAGCAGCAGGCCGCAGACGAGAGAGCCAGGAAGCUGAAACAUAUUGUGGAGGAGAAAUAUAAAGAAAAUCAGCAGCGCAUGAUGGAACUCCGGUGCAAGAACUUCCAGAGACUCAGCAUCAACGUUUUCACUGAGAAAGCUGAGGACACUGUGAGACAGAUUCAGCCAAUCAGAAGACAGAACAGUUCCCCUAGCAGCCGCCCUGGACCAAUAGGAGAGCAGCCCACUGAGACCGACAUCCCUGAGGACCCUCAGGCUGCAGAAGUGUAUUAUUCUGAAGAUGGAUUUGAGUCGUGUUCUGAUGAAGAUGAUUUCUGUUCUGAUGUUCCCACACAGGACAGUGAUCUGGAGGCUGUGCUGCGACACAUGGAGGAUGUGCUGGAGGACCAAUCCAUGGCAGGUGAAGCUGACAGAGGCGUGUCUCACUCGGGUCUGCACAGAGCGAUCAACAGCAGCAUGGAUUAAAUCCGUGAGGGAAGAUUUAUUUCAUCUAAAAACUCUCAAAGAAAAUUUCACUGAACUGACGCUCUGAAUAUCCUGAGCAUCUGGAACAUCUGGAACACUCUGAACAUCCUGGAAAUCCUGGACACUCUGAACAUCCUGAAUAUCUUGAUACUCUGAACAUCCUGGACACUCUGAGACACUCUCAUGCUGGGGUUAGCCACUGGUCACUAACAUCAGAUUCUCACAGUGACCUGUUGAACUCUGCAGCUGGAGCGGUGAUUAGUGGGGAUUUGUUCUCUGUAUGUGUCGCUGCACGACUCGAGCUUCUGCCUCUGCCUUAAAAUCUACAGAAAAAAAUCAGCUGAUUGAAUAAAUGAAUUGAAUUUCUUUAAAACUUUAAACUCAUCCAGAAGUUUUCAGUUUGCUCCCGGAGGUUCCUCAGAGCUGAGCUAAUGCAAAAGUUUCUGUCUGUGAAGUGACUUUAUGAUCAGUGCAGAAAACUUCAAACCUACAUUUAUAUUAAAAGAAGAGUGAAAAAAAACAAUAAAGUGGAACUAAAGUGCUUUUUAUUUCCCUCUCUUCUGCUUUCAGCCGUCUGUUCCACCGCUCGUCUCUCCGCUCAUCUCUCCGCUCAUCUCUCUGCCUCAUCACGCCUUUUAUCCUGCGUUUGUUCUACUGAACGUUUCUCACCGCGAGUCCUGAUCUUUACAGACGACGGCUCGGAUUUAUCGCCGCUUGUUUAUCGCUUUCUGCUAACGAGCUAAAAUCAGAGUUUAGUUUAUAAUCAGCUUCACGGGACAGUUAUUGCUGUUCGUGAUCACUGAAGCUGACGGCAGUGGUGUCUGAGCUGGAGGAUCGUCCAGCAUGUCCAGAUUAGUGGGUUCUUUAAGGUUCUUCAGAUAAUUCUCGGAGGGAAAACUGCUCAACACACACGUGUGAAAAAAACUCACAGGUUUUAUACAAAACAAAGCUAAAUUCUUUACUUAAAGACUGAAUAUCAGGGAACACUCAAAAUUCUCUCCUCCUCCUCUUCCUUCUUCACCACCACUCUUUCUCCCCUUCCUCCUCCUCCUCUUCCUCCUCCUGUCCUCCUUCACCUCCUAUGUUUCUCCUCCUCUUCCUUCUUCACCACAGCUCUUCCUCCUCUUCCUUCUUCACCACAGCUCUUCCUCCUCUUCCUUCUUCACCACUGCUCUUCCUCCUCUUCCUUCUUCACCACAGCUCUUCCUCCUCUUCCUUCUUCACCACUGCUCUUCCUCCUCUUCCUUCUUCACCACAGCU